CACAAGUGGAGUUAACGAAUGUUCCUGUGAUUGUGUAAAUUCAUAUGUGAAGAUGUCAUCAUCUCAUAAUUUGAAGAAAGCAUUUGUUGAAAGCUGGAGACACACAAGGAAAUUGACUACACCAUACUGCCUAGCUUUAUUUCAACAAAGAGGAUUUCAUAAAUGUCUAAAAGCACAUCAACACAAAGAAAAUUAUUUUCACAGAUCAUUAUCAAAGACACACUAUUUGGUCAGUCAUUUGGUUGUGAAAAAGACACCAUCUGAUAUUUGGCCAAAUUUACAUAAGAGGACUUUCUCAUCACAGAGCUGUGGCAAAAUAUCAAGUUCUUGUGUAUCCGGCAUUUUUAAGGUUCAAAAGAAUUUAUUAAAUUGUCUUAAUACAGUAAAGACAACUGAAGUCAUCAGCACCCGUGAUCAUUCAUCAGUAACUACCCGUGUAUCAUUAGAACUUUUAGAAAAAUACCUUGAUAAGCUGAAUGAUGAAUUUCUUGAUCUACAAAAUAAAUCACAUAUGGAAAAAAGUGAAAAGAGACGUAUGCAGAAUCUACACCCUAUCAUGGAACUACGAGAAGACUUCCUACAGAAAUUGAAAGAUUACAACACUCUGACAACACUGAUCUCUGGCCUAGGGCCAGAGGAUGAAGAGAUACGUUACAUGGCAGAGCAGGAAAAAAGAGAUUACAGAACGCAGAUUGAAGAAGUGAAACAAGAGAUAUUAAGCUGCAUCAUACCAAAGGAAAGUACAGAUAAAAAUGACAUAAUACUGGAGGUGUACCAAGGGAUUGGUGGACAAGAGGCUAUGCUGUUUGCUGCUGAACUCUUUGAAAUGUACCAAGGAGUGGCCAAGUACAAGAACUGGGAAUUUACACAAGAUGAUUAUGAUGAUGACACAGCCACAGGUGGUAUCAGGAAAGCUUCAGCUUCUAUCAAAGGAGAGGAUGUGUAUAAGUUCUUCAAGUUUGAGUCUGGUGUUCAUCGUGUCCAAAGGGUGCCUGCUACUGAGCAACAAGGAAGGGUUCACACCAGUACAGCAACAGUAGCAGUCCUACCACAGCCUACAGAGAUUGAUAUGGUAAUAGACCCAAAGGAGAUCAAACUAGAGACAACAACAGCCACAGGUAAAGGAGGACAACAUGUCAAUAAAACAGAGAGUGCUGUCAGACUGACUCACCUACCUACAGGAAUUGUAGUGUACUGUCAGCGAGAGAGAUCACAGAUACGUAACAAAGUUAUUGCCAUGGAGCAACUCAGGGCAAAGGUCUACGCACGUUAUCUGAAGGCUCAGGUAUUGGAGUAUAAGGCCCAAAGACAACUACAAGUAGGAUCAGCUGAUAGGUCGGAUAAGAUUCGUACCUAUAACUUCAACCAGGAUCGCAUUACGGACCACAGAUUACAUGAGAACAUGUUUAACAUUGAGGUAUUCUUUAAAGGUGGAGAAGAUAUGGACUUUCUCAACAGAAAGCUGCAGGAGGCAGCACGUGAGGAUAUCAUCGAGGAGAUUUUAGAACAGUUUGAGGCGAAAGACAAAAAAAAAGUCAGUAAAAAGAAAUGACAUUUUUUUUGUAGUGUUGUUUGUACUGAGAUGCUUGAUGUUACAAAAAUAUGUGAUU